UGUCUGUGCUUUUACUUUCUCCUGUUUUUCAUGCCUUUAAUUUUAAUGUCUCUUUAUUUUUAUCGAGGACGUUUUUUUCCUUUGCUUUAGGUUUCUGCUGGCCGCACUGGCAGCUCUUCAUUUGACGUUGUCACCGCUCUGUUUUUUUUCUACCACUUAUUUAACUUCCACGCUGCCAUCUUCAGUUCCUUUUUCUCCACAGCUCCCAAAGCCUGUCUGCUGCUGCUUCAUUUGCUUCCCCACCUCCUCCUAAAGGAACAUCCCUGUCUGCUCCUCUUCAAACCUGAUCCUGACCUUGCAUGUUUUGGGUCGCCACCUCUGUGUGAUGGGAAACAAGGAGCUGUUUUCUCUCUUGAAGGGUUUCCUGGACUGCGUCUGUCUCUGCCUGUCUCAGAGACGCGUUGAGAUUGAACCUACGAAUGAGCGGGACUCUAAAAAUGGCCACCUGAUCUACCAAAGCGGGGACAUCCUAGAAGACAGAUACUCUUUUACAGAUGAGAUCCUCAACACGCUGGGAGAGGGGACAUUUGGGAAAGUGGUACAGUGUUUAGAUCACAGCAGAGGAGGAAGACCAAUAGCUUUGAAGAUCAUUAAAAACCUGGAGAAAUACAAGGAAGCAGCCAGGCUGGAAAUAAAUGUGCUGCAGAAGAUCCAGGAGAAAGAUCCAGAGAACAAACACAACUGUGUGCAAAUGCUCGACUGGUUUAACUUCUACGGCCAUGUGUGCAUCUCCUUUGAGCUGCUGUCUCUCAGCACCUUCGACUUUUUGAAAGCAAACAACUUCCUGCCUUAUCCCAUUAACCAGAUCCGUCACAUGGCGAGCCAGAUCUGCAGCGCUGUCAGCUUUCUCCAUGACAACAAGCUGACUCACACCGACCUGAAGCCAGAGAACAUCCUCUUUGUCAACUCGGACUACUCCGUCGUAUACAACGCUGACAAGAAACGCCAUGAAAAAAGAAUAAGAGACACAACAGUACGUCUGGUGGACUUUGGCAGCGCCACCUUCGACCACGAACACCACUCUGUCAUCGUCUCCACUCGUCACUACAGAGCCCCAGAAGUCAUACUGGAGCUGGGCUGGAGUCAGUCUUGUGAUGUUUGGAGCAUCGGCUGCAUCUUGUUCGAAUACUAUGAAGGCUCUACUCUCUUUCAGACUCAUGACAAUAGGGAACAUCUGGCAAUGAUGGAGAGAAUUCAGGGACCAAUUCCUCAAAGAAUGGUUCACUGGAGCAGGAAGCACCGGUAUUUCCAACAUGGCCGCCUAGACUGGAAUGAAUGCUCCAAGGCUGGACGUUAUAUAAAGUCCAAGUGCAAACCUCUAAGGAGCUACUUGUUGUCACACGGAAGAGAGCACCACCAGUUUUUUGAUCUCCUGGAGAGGAUGCUGGAGUAUGACCCUUUAAAACGGAUCUCUCUCCCGGCUGCUCUGAGCCACCCCUUCUUCCUGUUGCCCAGUCAUGCUGGGAGGACUCAGGCCUGGAGGAACAGCUACGACAAAAACAAGUGACCCAGAAGAGCUCCUUGAUGCUGCAUGGACCACGUGGAUGUGUCGGCAGGUUCACGACAAAUCAACCUUAACGCUGUAAUUGUAUUGGAAGGAAAUAAAUCAAAGGAGGGUUCACAGAUUAAACAGGACAGAUGGAUUUUGUGCUGAUGGAGUCUUAAAAAGGUUUGAAUCUCUGGAUAUUCAAAAAAUUCUUCUUUACUCUAAAGAACUCUAUUUCUCGUUAUUUGGUUGAAUUUGAAUAAAUACAAUGAUGUGACUUUUAGCCAGGAUUCACUAAAUAACUUUAACGUC